AUCAGCAAACCGAAAUCUCCAGCUGAUGGUCAACAAAACAUUGAAAACCAGACUUUGGCGCGCAAUUUUUGUAGGGUGUGUGGUUUACCUUUACCUAAUACAGACACAGAAAUAAUGAGCCUGUGGGUUGACAAAUACCGCCCUAAGGAACUGAGUAAGCUGGACUACCACCUAGAACAAGCAGGACACCUGAAGAAGCUGGUCGAGGGAGGAGAUUUCCCUCACCUGUUGGUCUAUGGGCCGCCCGGGGCUGGCAAGAAGACCCGCAUCAUGUGUCUGUUGCGGGAACUGUAUGGGUCAGGGGUGGAGCGCCUCAGGAUCGAACACCAGAACUUUCAGACUCCAUCCAAGAAGAAGCUUGAAAUCAUCACCUUAGCAAGCAACUAUCACGUGGAGGUGAACCCAAGUGAUGUUGGAAUCUAUGACACAGUGGUGGUUCAGGAGCUGAUCAAGACUCUUGCCUCUGUCCACCAGCUUGACACAACUGGCCAGAGAGAAUUUAAAGUGGUAAUUCUGACUGAGGUGGACAAGCUGACCAAGGACGCCCAACAUGCCUUGCGUCGCACCAUGGAAAAGUACAUAGCCACUUGUCGCCUCAUCCUGUGCACCAACUCCACUUCCAAGGUCAUUCCAGCCAUACGCAGCCGUUGUCUUGGUGUGAGGGUGCCAGCACCUUCUGUGGAGCAGGUGGCUCAAGUACUGCAGAGUGUGUGCAAGAAGGAGGGCCUUAAUCUUCCCCCUGAACUGGCCACAAGGAUGGCAGAAGCUUCCAAUCGCAACCUUCGUCGUGCUCUGCUUUUGUGUGAGGCCACCAAAGUGCAGCAGUACCCUUUUAGCAAGCAGCAGGAGUUAGUGAUGCCUGACUGGGAGGUUUACCUGAGAGAGACAGCAGCAAAGAUUGUGGAGGAGCAGAGUCCGAAGCGCCUGCUGGAAGUACGAGAAAGGAUUUAUGAACUCCUGACUCACUGUAUUCCUUCAGAAGCCAUCUUCAAGGGUCUGCUACAAGAACUGGUCAAGAACUGUGAUGGAGAGUUAAAGUGUGAAGUGACUAGUCUGGCAGCCUUCCACGAGCACCGCCUCAACCUGGGCUCCAAACCCAUCUUCCACAUAGAGGCCUUUGUGGCAGCCUUCAUGGCCCUCUAUAAGAAGUUCCUAGAAGAGAGCAUGGCAGACAUGUUCUAGGAAAUAAUUUUAUACUUUGGUAAUCAUGAUUAGAAGUAAUGUGCACUCACUUCCACUUUGUUUUGCAUUUCCCACAAUCUCAAGUUCUCAGAUCUGCUGAUAGUCUCCUUAGAAACAUUGCAAUUUACAAUACUGAUAUUCAGUACAUCAGUGACUUCCAAGAUUGAGGGUAAAUGCUAAAUACAGUGGAAAUAAGUAUGCUAUAUUACUUUACCACUGACCAUGACUACAUACAAUAAGCAUCUGUUUUAAAUCUAACAUAGCUGUUUUAUUUUCAAUAAAAAUUUAUUGAAUA